UGAUUCAUCAAUGAUAUCAGUUAAUACAACAACAGAUUAUACAUGUGGUGAUGAUGAAGAGUAUCAUUUGAUGGAUGAGUACUGUUAUAAAAUAUUCUUUCAUGAAACAACUUGGCAAGAUGCAAAAUCUGAAUGUGAACGUAAUAAUGCUAUGUUACUUAUACCUCAACAAAUGAAGACAUUGAACUUGAUAAAAUUCUUAUUUUUACGUCGACGUAGUUAUACAUCAUCUGGUAUUGCUCAUGUUGGUGUUAUUUAUGAUAAUCGAACUCAUACUGUUAUACAAUAUAACACAACCAAUGGAAAUACUUUACCAAAUACACCAAAUCCUAAUGCUAUUCAUACUUUAUGCGAAAAAACAUUUCGUACACGAUAUGAAACAUUAAUGUCAUCAUCAACUGUAUCAAAAGAGGAUAAAGAACGAUUAAAAACUCAACAAACUGGUUGUGCAUAUGUUAAUUUUCGAGAUGAUUUUGAACUAUCUAUCUCAUGUAAUGAAAUACCUUGUAAUCAACUUGCAACUGUAAUAUGUCAAAAAUCACCGAUUCGAAAAACACGUUCGAUUGUAGCAAAACGUGAUAAUAUUGGCUUGUCAAUAAAUGAUGCAGCAAAUUUUUCAAAACCUGUAGGCAAACGUUUUUCAACAAUAUUUGUCAUUUUUGCUAUAAUAUUCGUUCUUAUACUUCUUGGAUCUAUAUAUAUAUUACACAAACGUCGUUCAAUGCAAGAAAAUAAUAAUAGAAUUGAUACAGAAAGACAUACUAGUAAUCUUAUUUAUUCUAAAGUAUCAACCGGCAAUGAAUUCGAUUUAAAUUAG